AUGCGAUGUGAAGGCCCCAAACCCAGCUCCAAGUCCUCCAGCAGCCUCAGCGCCGCCGCCACCUUCGUGCCGCCGCUCGCCGCCGCGCAUGGAGGAGUAGCGGUCCCGUUUGGCAUGGCGCCGCCGGGGGUGGCGACGACGGCGGACGACGCCCGGUUCUGCAUGCCGUGGGCGGCCGCGGCGCACUUCGAGAACUGGGGCGACUCCGGCAUCGUCGUCACGAGCCCGCUCGCCGAGACGGCUUCCACCGACGUCGACGACGUCAGCGGUGCCAACCACCACGACGCACAGAUGGGUGGAGCCAUCACGCAGAGCGUCGAUGGACACGACAACUCGUUGCCGGUGUGCAAGGUAGAAUCAAGGGAUCACAAGGCGCAGAGGAGGCUUGCGCAAAACCGCGAGGCAGCCCGGAAAAGCCGGAUGAGGAAGAAGGCAUACAUUGUGGAGCUGGAGAACAGCCGGUCCAAGCUGGCUCACCUUGAGCAGGAGCUUCAGAGGGCAAGGCAGCAGGCGCGUUGGCGUUCGAUCUGGAGGCGUGGCCACCAGGACGGACGUGUUCCACGUGCUGUCGGGCAUGUGGAUGAGCCCGCGGAGCGGUUCUUCGCGUGGCUGGGCGGGUUCCGGUCGUCGGAGCUGCUCAAGGUGGUGGCGCGGCAGGUGGAGCCGCAGCUGACGGAGCAGCAGCUGGUGGGCAUCUGCAGCCUGCAGCAGUCGCUGCAGCAGGCCGAGGACGCGCUGUCGCAGGGGAUGGAGGCCCUGCAGCAGGCGCUCGGGGACACGCUCGCCGCCGCCGCCCCGGCGCUCGGCCCGUCCGCGUCCGCCGCCGACAGCGUCACCAACUACAUGGGCCAGAUGGCCGUCGCCAUGAGCAAGCUCGCCACCGUGGAGAACUUCCUCCGCCAGGCGGACCUGCUGCGGCAGCAGACGCUCAAGCAGGUGCACCGGAUCCUGACCACGCGCCAGGCCGCGCGCGCGCUGCUCGUCGUCAGCGACUACUUCUCGCGGCUCCGAGCGCUGAGCUCCCUGUGGCUGACGCGCCCGACGGAUUGA